UGCCGUCCACUGCUUAGCGGGUGCAGAGGUGGAUGGCGGACGAGGGGAUACGGGACACGAGAGUGCCCGCGGGUGGCCAGCGACAGCGGACGGACGAUGAAGAGAGGGACGACAUUCAGGACGCCCUCGAUGAGGAGGAGGGCCGCGAGGGUGGGGCCAGGGAGGGGGGGGUGGGAGACGAGGCAGAUGAGGCAGUCGGAGAGCCUGACCUGCCAGGGGAGGAGGUGGUGAUGACAUCGAGAGGCGUCGGUCGAGUGGGUCCCACUCCUAGGGCACCGCGACCUGAGUUGGAGCGCGCGAGGAGGGAGAAGAGGACAGUGGGGCAAGCUGACGUCAAGGUGCGCGACACGGGCUGGGAGAAGAGGGCUCGGCAAACGACGAUUGACGAAAUGUACGCCAAGGAGAAGUUGGCCAAAUUCACAGACGCGUGGCUGCAGUGGAUCUACGUGAAGGGGUUGCCAUUCAACGCCUUCCGCGGUCCGGAGUUCCAGAGGGUGCGGCAGACGGCAGAGAGAGUGCCUCGCAGUGUCCAGUUCCGGUUUCCCUCGUUCAGGGUUACAGCGGGCGCCGGUAUUCCUUCGCAGAAGGUGAAGGUGGUGACGAUGGUGAGCAAGGUGCGCGUCGCUUUCCGGCACAGCGGUGCCACCAUCCUCUCCGACGGGAGGAAGUCACGUAGCGGCAAGCCACUCGUGAACUUCCUCGCAGGGGGCGCUAACGGCGCCCUGCUCUACGCCACCGUCGCACGUGACGGGUCGGACCGAGACACAGCGGACAUCGUGUACCGCCGACGGGACGCGUUGGAGUCUUGGAGAGCAUAUUGCACGGGGAUGCUUGGGCACGAGGGACAAGGUGCCACCGUGUGUGGCAGAGGAGAGGGUGGACCUGGUGGAGAUGGGGAUACCGCGGGUGUCGGGGGAGACGAUGGACCGGACGGAGAUUAUGACAACGACCACGGUCCCGAGGACGAUGCGUAUAGGCUCGCCUUGGUGUUGAGGGACCCCACAGUACCUCCCUUGCGCCCUGUCGACACAGCGCACACUUUCUUCGACGUCGACGCUUUGGCGCAAGCAUUGACGGAUGACCCUUUCGCACACAUGAGCCGCAAGAGCGGCAAGAGGCGGGCCCUUGGGAGGGUAUAUUCACCGCCGUCGUUCGUGGUGGAGAGCCCUUACUGGUCGGGUUCGUCGCUCAUCGGCGUGAGAGGGAGGGAGUCCAGAGCGGGUGAGGUGGGGUCCGGCAGACGCAGCGACGGCGGCAGAGACAGUGCAGGAUCGAUGCCUCCACCGCCCGCACGGACUUCGGAGGUCGGGGUUAACGUCGGGGACCAGACGGCGGCACCUGGAGUUGCGCACAGUGGCGGUUCCCCGCCGACAGUCCGAGGUGGUGUGGGUGGCGGAUGGUCAGCUGUUCGUCGGGUCGGGGACCGGUUGCGGGCGAAUUACGACGUCGGGAGGGGCGUCUUCACGGGACGUACGCCAGUUCAGACGCAGGCUGCGGAGGGUGGGUCCGGACGUCCGAGCCUGGAGAUGGCAGGCCGCAUGCUCGGUUUGUCACGAGUGGAGACGAGGAGAUCAUUGGUCCUUGAGGCCGCAGGGACAUCCACGGACAUGCUGCGGGGAGAGCAGUUCACAUCGGGCGAGGAGGGGUUGUUCAUGCAUCCCGGGAGGAGACAACAGUGUGACCUGUCGGAGGUUGAGGCUCGACUCGCGGCAGGGGUCGCCGCUGGCCAGGCAGCAUUGGACGCGAUUCAAAGGGAGAGAGAGACGGGGAUUGUUGCACGGGCGGCGGAGGACGAGGACGCAGACACAGAGUCCGAGACGAUCGAGACCACGGCUCGCAGACACAGGGCACAGGUGGCCGCGGGAGCCGCUGCAGCACAGGCGGCAUACCUCAGCGGAGCACGGGGCACAGGUGCCGGAGGGAGAGGAGGGCGACGGGGAGGACUGCAUGGCCGCCCCUUGGACGGACGAAGACGUAAGAACUUGGAGGAGGCACUUCGACGGCCUGGUCUUCGGUAUACCGAUGGGGAACGGGGGAAAUUGUACAUCAUCAACGAUAUCAAGCGGAAGAUGGAUGGAUAUAUAGGCAUGAGUUUGAAAUUGGUGAUGGAAGGAGCUCGAUACGACCUUCAGCAUGCUGUGGUGAGAUGUGGUGACAAGCUGGUGAAGCAGGUCUUCGGUAUACCGAUGGGGAAGUCAACUAGCCCUAUUCUGGCUUCGAUUACCUGCGCGAUGCCUGAGCUCCGAUUCAUCCAGGAACUCGGCUCUCAUAGGAGACUGAUUGGGGGAUGGCGGGUGAUAGACGAUAUCACUAUCAUAGCUGGGAUUCCGGGGAAUACUUACAAUGGGGAUUAUCCUAAUAACCUCUUUGAUGCGUUUGAGGAGGUCUACGAUCGGAACCUAGAGAUCAUUCGUAAGGACGGAUGUGGGUUAACUUGACAGUGCGUAGGAGGAAUGAUGAUGAUCUGCAAUGAACCACUGCAGAUCCA